AUGUUUCAAAAACUUGGUGAAAAUAAUUAUUGUAAUCGUCAACAAAAACUACAAACGGAUAGAUUAAUGGAUCAUUUUGUAGGUGUCUUAAAUCAAUUACAAGCAGCAAAAAGGAAGGCUGCUACUUACGAAAAAUCAAAAAUUCAAGAUGUUUCUGAUCAACAAAUUAAUGAAGAAAUAAUGGAUUUUAAAUUAAAACAAACCCAACAACAACAACAACAAAAUUUAGAAGAAAUUAAAGAAAGACAACAAACAUUAUCUUCAUUAGAAAAAGAUAUUGGGGAUAUUAACCAAAUAUUAACUGACUUAUCUGUAAUGGUUUAUACUCAAAAUGAAGUUGUUGAAACAAUUGAAUCAAAUAUAGAAGUUGCAGCUGUUGAAAUGCAUCAAGGAAAUUUACAAAUUGCUCAAGCAAGUGAAUAUCAAAUAAAAUCGAGAAAAAAGAAAUUAAUUUUGAGUAUUUUUUGUUUUUUAGUUUUGUGUAUAUUCUUAAUUAUUUUUUGGAUAUUAAUUAAAAAAUAA